CAAAGCUUGAAAUUUGGAUUCAUGUAACACAUUAAAGAAUUCAUUAUUUCUUUCAAGACGUAUGUGUAUGUUUUAUUUUUGCAAAUAACCUUUAAUAUAAAAUCUAGUUGUUUUGUAUAGUGAGUUUGAAAUAUUGUGGUGGUUUUCUUUUCAUUAUUGUUAUUGUUAUUAGGCUAACCUCAGUUAUCAAGAUGACGUCGCCCGUAAUUUCAAAGUUUGGUACAACAUUCUCUGCAUAUAUUGUAACUCCGAAUUCUUCAUUGAGCUUGUGUGUGGCAACUACCUUCCCUUACAAUCAAACGUAACGAUCAGCAAGAAUUUUUGGCUUGGAAUUAAUUCUAUUCUUCUAUCAGUAUCUUGAAAAAAUGUCUCAUAUAUAUUGUAUAAUCUUCGUUAGCAUUAAAAGAUUUCAGUUGCACCUUCCAUACAAGAGUUUAGCAUCAGAGUACCAAAAAACAACAAGAAAAAGCACAAUGUGAUGCGUUUUAAUGCAACAUUAAAUGUUGAUUUUUCAAAAUGGACCCAGGUAAAAAUGGAACGUGAAAAUAAUAUGAAGGAAUAUAAAGGAAUAGAAGAAGAAAUGCCAAAAUUUGGAGCUGGUUCCGAAUUUGGUCGAGAUGCGAGAGAAGAGGCAAGGAGAAAAAAAUUUGGCAUUACAAGUAGAAAAUAUAAGCCAGAAGAUCAACCUUGGAUUUUGAAAUCUGGAGGAAAAACUGGUAAAAAGUUUAAAGGCAUAAGAGAAGGUGGUGUGAGUGAAAAUGCGGCAUAUUAUGUUUUUACACAUGCUCCCGAUGGAGCCAUAGAAGCUUUUCCAUUACAUGAAUGGUAUAAUUUUCAACCAAUUCAGAGAUAUAAAGCGUUAAGUGCAGAAGAAGCAGAACAGGAAUUCAGUCGUAGAAAUAAAGUAAUGAAUUAUUUUUCAUUGAUGUUGCGUAAAAGACUUAGAAAUGAUGAGGAUGGUGCAGAUGACGAAGAAAUGAUAGAAGGUGGAAAGAGUAAAAAACCGAAUAAAAAAGAGAAAGAUUUAAAAAUAUCUGAAAUGGAUGAGUGGAUGGAUAGCGAUGAUGAUGAUUCGGUUAGUGAUGAUGAAGGUAGUAAAAAGAAUUCUGAUGAAGAAGAUGAUAAAAAGAAAAAGAAAAACAAAGUUGAUGCCACGAAAAAGAAAAAGAAAAAUGCAUCUGAUGAUGAAGCAUUUGAAGAAAGUGAUGAUGGUGAUGAAGAAGGUAGAGAAUGUGAUUACAUUUCUGACUCGUCAGAUUCUGAGUCAGAAUUGGAACAGCAAAAGGAUAGUAAAUCAGUUGCAGAAGAAGACGCAUUGAGAAAAUUACUUGCUUCUGAUGAAGAUGAUGAUGAUGAAGAACAAACAGAUAAAAAAGAUGGGGAUGAAGAAAAAGAUGAAGAUGAUGAAACUAAAGAUAAAGAUGAUAAAGAUAAAGAUAAGAUCAGUAAAGAUGCAGAUAAGAAGAAAGAUAAAAAGAAAAAGAAGAAACAAUUUAAAAAAAAAGAUUCAAAGAAACUUACAUCAGGAAAAGAUUCUUCUAGUGACUUUUCUAGUGACUCAGAUUCAGAAUCUGAUACAGUGAAAGAAAAAGAUAAUAAAAAAUCUAAUAGUGCACAUAGUUCAAGAUCUGCAACACCUACAGCUGGAAUAUCAGACUCUAUAAAAAGAAAACAAUCUGGAUCUCCAGAUUUAUCACAAGCGAAGAAAUUGAAAUUGGAUAAUUUUAAUUUAGUACCAGUAACUUCCUACAUCCCAGGAAUCAGUGAAUCCGGAAUCACGGAGGAUGCAGUGAGACGUUAUCUUAUGCGUAAACCAAUGACAACAACGGAGCUUUUACAGAAAUUUAAAUCGAAAAAGACUGGUCUUACUUCAGAACAGUUAGUUAACGUAAUGACUCAAAUACUUAAAAAGAUCAAUCCAACUAAGCAGACAAUAAAGAAUAAAAUGUAUUUGUCUAUUAAGACACAAUCUAAUUAAUAUUUUUGUAUAUUUUAAUCCAAUUGAUAUUUAUGGAAUA